AUGGAGAAUAACUCUGAGGUGGUGUUCGUGCUUCAGGAUCUGAAUGACUCUCUGACAAACCGUCAGAUGUACUUCGUUGUCGCCCUGAUGUCGUACCUCUUCACCAUCUUCGUCAACCUGACGCUCAUCGUCACCGUCUGCCUGGAGAGAACGCUCCAUGAGCCGAUCUACAUCUUCCUGUGCAACCUGUGUUUUAACGGUAUCUGCGGAGCGUCGAGUUUCUACCCGAAGCUGCUUCACGGCCUUUUGUCAGACUCUAACGUCAUCACGUAUGCCGGCUGUUUGACUCAGAUAUUUGUGGUUUAUUGUUAUGUUUUCUGUGAGUUCACCAGUCUGACCAUCAUGGCGUACGACCGCUACUUGGCCAUCUGUAAGCCGCUGCAGUACCCGAUGCUGAUGCCGGUGCAGAGGGUGGCGCUGCUGCUGCUGCUCACCUGGUGCUUCUCGCUGCUGGAGGCGAUUAUCGGUAUCAUACUGACCGCCAGAUUGCCGCUGUGUAAGCGCCACAUCAACCAGAUCUUCUGCACCAACUGGGAGGUGGUGAAGCUGUCGUGCUCUGACACAACUGGCAACAACAUCUACGGCUUUGUGCUAAUUUUUACGCACUUUUCGCAGACCGGACUCAUCCUGGUGUCCUACACCCACCUGGUCCGAGCCUCGCUCAGGUUGGCGUCCAACCGCAAGAAGUUCAUACAGACGUGUGUGCCACACCUGGCCACGCUGCUCAUCUUUGCAAGCUCACUGAUGUUCAAUUCCAUCUACUCUCGCUAUGGUGGCGGCGGCACGCUACAGGCGCUGCAGAACCUGCUGGCUGCAGAGUUCCUGGUGGUCCCGCCCCUCAUCAACCCAAUCAUCUACGGCAUCAACCUGCAUCAGAUCAGGUCCAGGAUCAUCCACAACUUCUCCCACAAACCAUCAAACCUGAUCAAUACAUGUUUACAUGGAGCCUUUUCACUGCCUGUCUGUCUGUAA